AACAUUCUGUAAAUGUACUGCUUAAGAGAACUGUCAGACUGCAGAUAUACUACAGGAGAUGGUCAGAGACUACAGACAUGACACAGGAGAUGGUCAGAGACUGCAAACAUGACACAGGAGAUGGUCAGAGACUGCAGACAUGACACAGGAGAUGGUCAGAGACUGCAAACAUGAUACCAGAGAUGGUCAGAGACUGCAGACAGGAUACCAGAGAUGGUCAGAGACUGCAGACAUGAUACCAGAGAUGGUCAGAGACUGCAGACAUGAUACCAGAGAUGGUCAGAGACUGCAGACAUGAUACUAGAGAU